UGCGAUGGGCGUAUGAGUUUUGGACGUUGUCAACCUUGCUUGAAUGAGAUGCUUAGUGUCAACUUAACCACAGCCGUGAGCCGAGCUGAUGUACUUAACAUAACCUCGAACGGUAAAGUUAUGUAUUUUUUCUCGUUUACCCGCUAAAGAUACUUUAUUUAUGAAGAUGGAAAUAAUUCUACAAAUACCCAAAGAUUUGAAUAAGUUGUGCCGAACUUGUAUGAGCUUAGUCGACGAUGAACCUCAAAAUUUCCUAGUUUUCCAAAAUGAAGAAACAGAACUGAGCAAAAUACUUCAAACAGUAACCUCUCUUAAGAUAUUCCCAGGUGAUGGAUUACCGACAAAUUUGUGUUCUGUCUGUGUUCAACACUUAAACUCUGCCUUUACGUUUAUAAACCAAUGCACCGAAGUUGAUAACAAUCUUCAAAAGAUCCUAAGGGAUGCAUACUCAUCAGAUAGCGAAUGCGUGGAGAUACUGGAUACUACUUCUUCUAUUAUCAAGUUUCCAUCGGCUGAUUUUUGUUGUAGAGAUUGCAAUUCUCAAUUCACUUCGUAUUAUGAGUUAUCCAUGCAUAUGAUGAUGCACAGUGAAAAGAGAAGCUUAACAGAAAGAUUUAUGAGUAAUUUUGCUGACGAUAAACAUUUAGUGGACUUGAAACCUACAUUAACGGACAACACUUCGUUAAUUGAUGAAACUAGAAAUCAUUUAAAAGUUUCUAAUUCGAAUUAUAUAGAAAUCAAUGUUGAACCCACAGAUCUGCUUCCCGGAACUGUGAAAGUAGCAACUCUUCAUUCCAACAUUCCUAGUACUUGCACGCAGAAUCAAUUUCAGUGUGACAUGUGUAGUGAAGGUUUUUCAAGUGAAGAUCAACUUUCCUCGCACAUUCUUUUAGACUGCGGUAAAACAGUUGAACAAAAACAUAUAUGUACAUUGUGCUCCAAAGAGUUUGAUGAUCUAGUAAGCGUAUCAUUACAUUUUUUGAAUCAUUCACUUGCCAUGGAGAUUGUUAAUGGUGAAAGUAUCUCGGGUGAUGUGUCUUUUUGUGAUAUCUGUGGUCAAAUUUUUGAGAACAAUGCUCUGCUACGUAAUCAUUAUCAGGAAUAUCAUAAAGAUCGAGAGAUGCAACACUGGAUGUGUUCAGUGUGUGCAGAGCUGUUUGAGGGCGAAAAAGAUCUCUUGACACACAUCUUAGUUGUGCACUUUGAUGACGAAGUGUAUGUAACCGAAUUCAAAGUGAAAACCCAAUGCGUUUUGUGUACAGAAAGAUUUUCAACUAGAGCCGAAUUGCAUAGUCACUCUCUUAUCCAUUUAAUGAAGAGAUAUACUUGUCGCAAAUGUUCUUUGCAGUUUUGCACUCAACAAUCCUUGUUUGCCCAUUUUGAAGUUCACGCCGGUAAAAAAUACGAAUGCUCUUUGUGUGGAAAAUUUUUAAGCAGUCGUAGUGCUCUGAAAUCGCAUAAACAAGGUGUCCAUCCGAAUAAGUUAGAUCAUUGCUGUUCGAUAUGCGGUAAAUGUUUCGCCACAUUUGCCCGUUUAAAUACCCACUCCAAAAUUCAUACUGCAGAUAAAAAAUAUGUUUGCUCAUAUUGUGGUUAUAAAUCUCACAAAUCGGGGGAUUUAGUUAUGCAUACAAGAAUUCACACUAGCGAAAGGCCUUAUAAGUGCACUGUGCCCAAUUGUACCAUGAGCUUCAAAACUUCUAGUCACUUGUGUCACCAUGUUAGAAGACAUUUCCAGAUUCGAAAAUUCAAGUGUGACAUUUGUGCGACGAAAUUUUCUACAAAUCAUGGAUUAAAAAUUCAUCAAAUGCUGCAUACAGGAGAAAAACCUCAUUUGUGCAUUGUGUGUAAAAAAACAUUUCGAAGAAAAUAUCAUCUGAAGGUUCAUAUGAAGCAACACGUAGAACAUAAGGUUUGAUUUGUAGUAUUGUUGUGUAUUGUUAAUUAUUCUUGUUAGAGGUACUCUGUUUUUCCUUGUGGGGUACUUUUUUUUAAAAUAAAGUGGUAGCAAAACUAUGGCGGAAAAGACAAGUAUAAGUAAUAAUAUUUUAUUUACUGCUGUGUGUGUUAUUUUGGUUGAGACUGUCCUGUGCCUCUUGUGAAACUUUUAAAUAUACAGUAAAUAGAAUCAA